AGGUAUUUAAGUUUGCAACAAUUUUUUUUCUCUAAAAGAAGACAAUUCUGAGGAAACGAUAGAAUUUCAUCCAUCCUACUAUGUUAAAAACAAGUAUGAACGUGAACUCUUCAGAUAAGGGCAUCUCUUCAGUCGAGGACAUUUUACAAAUUAUAAAAGAAACUUGUGAAAAUGCCACCUCAGAAUUGCCAAGAAACGAGAGCUUGUACUGUCCACCUAAAUGGGACAGCCUACUGUGUUGGCCUUUAACUCCCGCGGGUGCAACCGCCAAUCAAUCUUGUCCACGAAUAUACGGAUACGACACAAAACGAUUUGCGUUUAGGGAAUGUUGGACGAAUGGAUCGUGGUAUAUUCAUCCUAUUUCUAAAAAGGAUUGGUCGAACUAUACUACGUGUGUAAAUAAUGAAGAUCUCGAGUUCAGAAGCUUCAUCAAUCACCUCUUCGUAAUAGGAUAUUCAAUAUCUUUGGCUGCUCUCUUAACAUCGUUAAUAAUAUUUUUUAUGUUUAAGUCGCUUCGAUGUACUAGAAUAAAUGUUCAUAUUCAGCUGUUUAUAUCGUUUGCUGCAAAUAACUGCAUGUGGAUUAUAUGGUAUAAACAAGUCGUUUCGAAUCCCAAAGUUGUCAUCGAUAAUCCAGUAUGGUGCCAAAGUCUGCAUUUGUUAAUUUACUACUUUAUGGUUGCUAACUACAUGUGGAUGUUUUGCGAGGGACUUCAUCUUCACUUGGUCUUAGUGGUGGUCUUCAUCAGGGACGAAGUGGCGAUGAGGUGGUUCUUUGUAAUUGGCUGGAGUGUUCCUCUAAUACUUAUUUUAAUAUACGGGCUUGUUCGCUAUAAUCUUGCUGCAGACACUAAACACUGUUGGAUCGAUGACAGCCACAGUACCUGGAUACUGACGAUACCUGUAUGUGUCUCAUUACUGGGAUCAUUUGUGUUCCUAAUCAAUGUCUUGAGGGUUAUUAUAACAAUUAUGCAUUCCCAAUCGAAUCAGCCGGCCCCUUUGAGCGUUCGGAGGGCUGUUAGGGCUGCACUAAUUCUUGUGCCCCUAUUCGGUCUUCAACACAUUCUUAUACCACUUCGUCCAGAUAUUCACGACCCUUACGAACAUCUGUAUCAAUAUAUCACUGUCGUGGUUGUUUCCUUACAGGGGUUUUGUGUGUCUUGCCUAUUUUGUUUCGCCAAUCACGACGUACACCAUGCCGUUAGAGUUUUUAUCUACAGAAAAACGCACUCAUCUCGAUGGACCAACUAUCAUUACACCGGACCGCUGGAUAGCGGGGGUAUUUUUGUUGUUAAUGGAAACACGCCAAGUAACAAUAUGAUGAUGAUAUGACCCAAAAGGAAACCAAUUUUCUUAUAUGUUUAAUGGAAAACUGGAAAUAAACAACGAGUGGAUCUUAUCGUUUUUAUAACUGAAAACGCCGAAAGGGUUGUUUGAUCAAAUGAAGAAAUUCGAUGAGAAAAGUAAAUCAAAUAUUUUUCCUGUAGGAUGAGACUGAUAAGAGAAAAGAAAAUAAUAAA